AUGGCUAAUUCUUCUGCAUCAGGUAAUGUUAAACAAGAAGUUAUUUCUCUUCAUGGGUUUUCUCAUGAAGUCUGUGUUGCUAUCACACAAACAAAAUAUUGGCAUGAGUUAAUAAAAAAUUCAAGCAUUUCGAUUAGAUAUACUGUUGUUUGCAGUAAACUAUAUAAUGAUUUAAAUGCAUUUGAAGAUAAUGAUAAACCUACCAAUAAUUCUGAUUCACAUCAAAUGAUAGUUUUUGGUUCUUUAUUCAAUAGUCUUUCUCGUGAUAUAUUCGAUACUGAACGAUAUUUAUUAGGUGAAAGAAAUUGUAAUAUUAAAAAAAUAGCAAAUUCAUUGGCUUGUUAUAUUUCUGUCGAUUCAAUCGGUGCACAAAGAUAUCGUUUUACAAUUCGUCAUGAUGAACAAAUUAUCAUGGAUCUUGCUGCUAUUGAAAUUCAAGCACUUGUAAAACAAGCACAUGAACAUUAUAUAAUGAGCUAUGCCAAUAAAAUUGGACAAGCUCUAAUAAGUUCUAGAAAACGAAAGGAAACAAUAGGUACUUAUAUGCCAUCGUCAAAUCUAGAGGAAUCGUUACCAUUUCAAUCUUCUGUUGAACGAAAACGUAUUGAAGAUGAAGAAGAGCAACAACAACUAAUUACAGAUGGUCCAAUGAUCAUUGUUCCUGAUCAUAGUGAUGAUGAAAUGAUAUCCGACGAAACACGAGAAGAAUGUCUUGACUACGUUCAAAUUCUUGUUAAUUGUAUAUGUGAAGGAAUGCAAACUCGAGUAUCAAAAGUUCAAAAUGCAAAAAUUCAUGAAGAUUCCAGUCAAAUAAAAUCUUCUUUUCGUAAUAUAAGUACAUUAAAUACUGCUAGCAAUGGUUGGGAAUUAGUAGUUAAAUUAGUUCAACACGAAAUUGAUUUAUGUGCACGUUUCAUCAAUGAACAAUUACCCAGUGCUGAUUUACGUGAUUCUUCAGAAACAACUGCUGAAGCAGAUGCUGAUUUACGUGAUUCAGAAACAACUACUGAAGCAGAUGCUGAUGAAACAUCAACAAUCGCCAACACCAACACCUGCACAGAACAUAUUAAACUUAAGAUAGAAUGUAUUCAAGAAGAUAAGUGA